CUGGAUGAGAUAUUCAUGAGGCCUGGUUGAUGUGGAGAAGGUGGUCCACAGCCCUGUGAAUGUAAACAAGCGAUGGCACUGGCACCUCUCACGCGCUCUGCCGUGUCUUCCGACCAAUUGCGACAAGACCAUCGCUGCUAAGGAUGGCGAUUCAUGCGGUUGUUCCUGUCGUCCCUUCAUUUCCCAAAUAUGCUGGCAGGAGCUGCUCAUGGUAUUAAACCGACCAAGGUCGAAAUGCGCCACCAGACAUCACAACUUACAUCGGCACUUCCUCUUACCGACUGCUGGAUCAUGCAGGUUGGAUCUAUCAAUCCCGAUAUGGAUAAACUGGUGCAGUACACGAUAAAGAGAACUCGAGAGCACCCAUGCGGCCUUCACAAUGUUCCCAGGUCCGAAUAUGCCACCGAACCUCUCUUUGCCCGAUGUUCUCUUCGAAGUCUUAGCAACCAAGGACAAGUCGAUGACGCCACAUUUGUCACCUCCACCAAGCCUUUCCGAACCGAGAACUCAUUCAGCUAUUGCAAAUUUAAUUAUGGGCACGACAGCAGAACCAUGAUCGAACUCGGUGUCAUUGUCAACCUUGAGCCCGGCAAAGAGGUCUCUGAGCAAGCCCUGAGUCAAUCAGAGCAGGCGACGGCGUUUGUUCGCUUCGUCCCUGGAGAUCUGAUCCUAGAGGAUGGCAGGACAGUUGAAUCGUUCGCAGGUGGCAGGAUCAUAUAUUUUCCGCCUCAAGAGCUGGUCGAACUUUAUGAAAAGCACAAAUACUCGAGCACAUGGUUCAAAAGUCUGCUAUCAGCCUUCUUCUCCGAAGCCAUCCGGUCGCGAGAUAAACAUCCUUUGUCGCGAGUCCAUUGUCUACGAUGGAUGACACAUGGUGUCGAGUCCCACGGCCUAGAUACUAUUGUGGAGCGCACCGAAUCAAACGACUUAGAGCUCUUGUUCAACAUCAGCUUCCUGCAGGAACUGGAUUGUGGUCCAAAUAAGAUAAGCUCUGGUCUGAUCGUAACUUUGUGCUGGGUUAUGGACGAAGACCCGCCGCUGAACGAUGCGCAGCAAUACAGCGAGCAUGGAGUCGAAUCUCUGACGUACAUAGUCAGAAACAAAUUGGGUUGGUACUUUCCAUAUCUUAUCUAUGACCCUUUCGCACAGAGUCCUCCGGAAUACAUCACGGCAGCGUUGGCCGACGUUCGAAACAGCAUGCAUACGAUGCAAAGGACGAUACUGCAGUCGUGUGGGUAUCCCCACCAGACGAGAUACCAUAACGUCUUGGAAUUCGCCAUUGCCAAAACAAUCUACAUUCGUUCGUCAGUAUAUAAAGAUUACGGGGGAAAGCGUGUGUCGGCACUCCAGUCGGCCCUAUCGAGGAUGAACGGCGAUCUGGAGAGCACUGACAGUAGUCCUUUUGAUAGCGAGAUUGUUCGCAUGUUGCUCGGCAUCGCCAUUGGGGGAACGGAUACGAAUGACACCGAGACGCCAACUGAGAUCGAGGACUCCGUUCAGCGCUUCAGCGAGACCCUGACUUAGCAAGUCAGUGAAGAACAAGCACAGGCUGUCUGCAAUAGCCUUGGAGGGAAACGUCUCAACAUCAUUGAUGGACCUGCAGGCUGUGGAAAGACUCUGAUCCUCCUCUUCACGGCCGUCAUACGAGCAGGUCUACACGAGAAAAUCCUGCAGCCGAUGACUGGUUCAAGCUAUCAGAACUUGAGCAGUACUCGAUCUCGACCAGUACUAAUUAUCGGUCCGACUGACGCACACGUCUGUGAGCUUUUCUCUCUUUGGUCUCGAAAUUUCAACAUGACACAGAAGGUGGCUUGGAUUGGGCGCUACUCGGGGAGCGUAUGGACAAUCUUGCAGGGAGACAUUGAUACAGCCGUCAUCGUCGUCGCUACGCCGUCAGCUGCUGUUUUGUCGCGCUUGUCUGCUCAGUUUC